AUGGUCGUCUUGCCAAGAAGCGUACCAGCAACGCUGGUAGCCUCGGUGCUUGUCUUGGCCGCAUCUACCCUGCCAGCUGCCCAGGCCGCAUGCGAGUGUGGCUACAGAGAUCCACUCACAGAUGCGGUGUGGACAGACCGAGCCAUCACCUACUUCAACGAGUCCGGCCUCAACGAUGUCGUGACCAACCCCGCCGUGUCUCCGCGCAUGUACGGCGGCGAUACUGCCGGAGAGACGGGCGACGGACAGCAGGCAUGGUCGCUCGUUGGCAACCUGCUCAACAAGUGGGAGAACAGCUUCGACGCCACAUACCGCAGCGCCGUGAGCUACAACAACACUUUCCUCGACGACAAUGCCUUGGCGCUCCAGGUUUCGCCUGCCGAGCUCACACACCGCAUUGUCAACGGCUCUCAAAUUGUCACCCGCAGGCGCGACAUCCUCUACGGCUCCUUCCGUGCCCAAGUGGAGCCUGCCGUCUCGCGAGGUCGCGGUGCGGCGUUCAAGUUCAGCGCCGCCUACAACGACUCCGAGACGGUCAACAUUGGCAUCUUUACAUCCGACGACCCUGCCAAUUCGACGCUGCAAUGGUCGUACUCUACCUAUGGCCAGGGCGACGAGCCCGUCAAGCUCAACGUCUCGUCGCUCGGAACCGAGGACUACCUCGAGCACCGCUUCGACUGGCAGCCCGAGAUGAUCCAGUGGCGCAAUGCAGCCUCCAACGAGAGCGCCAACUUCCACUCGGUGCAGAAGGGCGUCAACGCCACGCGCAUCCCGCUCACGCCCAUGCCGAUCAGCUUCCAGGCGUGGGCCAACGGAGAACACUCGCAGUCGCAGGGCCCGCCGCUUCGCCAGCCGCUGCUGACGCACGUGCGCUACGCGCGCUUCUUCUUCAACUCGAGCCUCGAAGAGCGCCAGUCGCAGUUCGACUCUCAGUGCUCCGCAGUUGCCUCGAACGCCGACGCCAUCUGCAGCACCGACGACUUUACGCUGCGUGACAGCACGGCCUUCGACCUGGCUGCGCUCAACAAGAUCAAGCCUGCCAAGAAGCCGUUCCAUGCGCCGCUGUACGCUGUCAUUGUCAUCUCGAUCGCUUCGGGCAUCUUUAUCAUGACCAUCGCUCACGGUCUCGUCGUGCGCUCCAUCAAGGCCAAGGACAAGAAGCGCGCUGCCGCCGUCGCUGCGCAGGAAAAGGCACGAGAGGCUUCGAGUGCCGCCUCUACCACGUCGUCGGACGAGCGAUCGUUUGGAUUCGUGCCGCCCCCUGCCAUCGCAUCGCUGGCCACGAGCGGCUCGUUCAGCGACACGCCGCCGCACACCCCCGUGGACGCCGAGAGCAUCGAUGACAAGGCGCACCUCUUCGGCGCCUCUUCCACUGGCACGCCCGGCACGAUUAGCCCGAUCAACGGCGCAUCAACCCUUGCCACUCAGCCUGUUCAGCUGUGGACCUCACCUGAUCUGGUGUACGGUUCUGACUCGGACUCGGACGAUUCCAGCGAUGAAGACGACAACUCGGAUGCGCGCUCGUACAGCAGCGUCUUGGAGCUCGAGGCGGCGCCCAAGGGACUUCUUCCUCGCUACGGCUCCGUGACCAGCCUCAAGGCACCCGGCGCACUCAGCGGGACCGCCACGCCGGUGCUCGCAGGCGGCGCCGACACGCCGAGGUGGAUCGAAGACAUGAAGCGCGCCCAGGCGCUUCCGUACGUGGCGCCUGGCUUCGCUGCGGAUCAGCGCUCCUCGGUCUACUCGCACAGCUUGUCGGGUCACAAGGACGUCCCGAGUGGAAGCACCAGUCAAGAUGGCAACUACGACGAGGUGGAGCUGGUAGGAGACGAACACGAUGCCAAGGGCUACUCGCACUCGCGCGAGUCGUCGUACUCUGGCUACCCGCCCGUGGCCUCGAGCGUAGGUCACUCGACGCACAUGACGCACGACCAGCUGCUGGGCAUGCAGCAUCUGCGCAACGGCUCGUUCUCGUCCGAACGCAGCGGACUGGCACCUGCGUCGAUGUACGACUUCCAGCACGAAGGCACUUCGCGGGCCGGCUCGAUUUACGAGGGCUACGGCUCCGAGGCGCACGAGGCGUUCCAGCGUCCGCAGAUCAUCCAGUGGCAGCAGCGAGACCUGAACGCUGCCGACGGCGAGGUGGGUGCGCUUGCCAAGCCCGAGCUGGGAGAUGCUGUGGGACGCAAGGCUCGCGACGGCACCAAGGGCACGGUCAAGCCGCCCGAGUCGAUGGUGCAGGCGUGUGUGCGUCGCGUGAACGAGCUGCUCUUCAUCAAGGGCACGACGCAGCUCACCUCGACGGGCGCGCGUAGGAUCGACUACCUGGACGGCAUGCGAGGAUUUGCGUGCUUCCUGGUGUCGUUCCACCACUUUAUGCUCAUCUACUACUUUGGCAUCACCACGCCCAAUGCGCCGCACCACUAUCCGCGCUUCGAGUUCUGGUUCCGCUCGCUCAUCGGUCCGAUCGUCGUCAACCAAGGUUUGAAGCUGGGCAUCUUCUUCAUGCUGCCCUCGCGUACGAUGACCAACCGAUACUUGCUCAAGGGUGGCCUGCAGAGUAUGGCGGAUGCGACGGUGCGACGUAUCCCGCGUCUGGCGCUGCCGGUGGCGGGAGCGGUGCUGGCCAACUACAUGCUGAUGGACAUCGGUGCGUUCAAGUGGGUGCCGCGACUGGCGUCGAGGACGUGGUCGACGUGGUCGUACUGGCAGAACUUUGACAACGUCAUGGUUUUCCUCGAUGCAUUCAUCUCGCUGUGGUGGUCGUCUCCGCCCGUGCAGCCUGCGCUGGUGACGGGCUAUGCCACGGGUGUGUUGUGGACGAUCCCGGUGAUCGUGCAGGGUACGUGGACGUGCAUGAUCUGCGCGCUGAUUGCGCACGAGAUCAAGAACGCCUACAAGCGCUUCUCGUUCUACGCGCUGUGCAUCGGGCUCAGCUGGUACGCCAACACUUGGGAUCUCUUCUUCAUGGCCGGUCUGGUGGUGGCGGAUCUGGACAGCAAGCUCAACUACCAGGCUCGGGCCAAGAAGGGCUUCCCCAUCGUUCCAGGCUUCUUGCGACGUGCGCUGCACCUGCCCGAAAAGGUGGACAAGCUGCGUGUGCAUGGUCAGGUGUUUGCCUGGGUGCUCUUCCUGGCCGCCUGGACGCAGCAGUACCUCUCGCAGAUCCCGACCUCGCCGGGAGUGGGAUUCGACAACAAGGAGUACGAGCUGCAUCCGGACUGGUCGCGCGAGCAGCCGCAUGCGUGGUUGGAAAACACGAGCAUCAGCUACACGGAUCCGCGCGUGGCGUCGUGGGUGCUGUCGUUUUCGUUCUUCCUGCUGACGGAUCUGUCGGAUCUGCUGCGCGCCUUCUUCAGGCUGCGUGUGUGGUCGUACAUCGGUCGCCACGCGUUUGCCGUCUUCCUGAUGCACGGUGUGGUGUGGUGGACGUGGUCCGCAUGGCUCUGCCUCACCAUGCUGGCGGCUGGUGCGCCGUACUGGGCGACGAUCCUGGUCGUGUUCGUGACGUCGUAUGCGAUGCUCAUGCUCGUCUGCGAGUGCUUCACUGCAACGUUCGACUACUGGGGCGGCCUCAUCUCCAAGGCCGUCUGGCGCGCCACCUCGGGUGGUCUGGGCAGGAAGGACUAA